UUAGACGCGCAUGUUCCAAGAUUGUCGACAUAGCAUUUCGACAACGUUCCUCUCCUCCGUCAUGUCUCUGAAAAGUAUACCCACAAACCACUCAAUGUUGAAUCCCGAGGGUCAGAGUACGAACAGUACAAAUGCGCAUACACUACCUCCGGAACUGGAACAAACUUUCACACUCCUGACAUCUCACCGAUCUGUGCUGGGUUACCUGCUCUUGGCGAGAGGACCGCCGGUGGCAAUUAUUCGACAUUCCGGAGUUGUAUUCGAAGGCGAACAGGGAAGAAAAUACGCACACGCGGUUGAGCGUAUUGUGGAAAGUGUGCAUACCGGGUUGGAGGAGGUUGCAGGGGACUCCGGCGAAGUUGAUGACAUCCGCUUCAUGAGGAUACGAACAAAACGACAUGAGCUUCUUAUUUCACCAGAUGGUCACUAUCUGCUUGCCGUUCUCCACGAUCCAUCGGCUACAUGAAAAGAUACCGCCAUCCACCGCCAAACCCUAUGUUACUGUAUAUUUUACUCUGUAUCAGUAUGAUUGGAUACCGCAAGCACUUUCCGAUACCUCAGGACUCAGCACAAACCUCCGCAUGAUUAUUAUGUUCCGCUGUCAGACCGUUUCCCCUCAAUUGAGGUCGUCUGUCCCUCUCUCAAGGUGAACAGGUUCUUAUCUGGAUACUAGUAACUUUGACAGUUGUAUCACUUUUUGCACGAACGUCAGUGGCUCUGAUGCGCAGUAAAUUCGCAAUCUUCUUUGCAGAUUCUUUGGGCUCUAGCGUGGUGAAACGGCGGGACAAAACACACUCUAUUCGUCGUGGCCUGCCAACAGGGUGGCAACAGCAGCCAUGGUUGGUAUGCAGACUGACCACUUCGUCACACUCGUUGCAGCUGUUGCAGCAACGAGUCAAAAUCUUGCCCUUAUAGUUGAUCGGCGCAACCACAACAUGUCUCUGUCUACCUUGACUCCUUUGGAAUGCUCGAACUUCAUCUUUUGAUCAAUUAAGCGAGAUGACCAGACCUGUACACCAGUGUACACCUCAUCAAAGUCCAUUGCUGAUGACGACCAGAAAGCCAGUGUAUUCGUAUGGAAGGGAUAAACUUUCUAGUCUACAAAAAUGGAUUAGAUCAGUCUAAGCUGCCAAAAACCAAACCUACAUGACUAUAGCACGUCACCAGGAACAUAGGACUUAUGUGGAUGCUGCAAACGACAGACAACGAUCAUUGACCAUCACAAAUGAAUGGGGCCAUUCCGUAGAUCGUAGUACUAUAUUUCAAUGGCGGUCCUAUGUAAAUUAAUGACAUGAUGGGCG